UCGAAAUUGUUAGAUUUAUUUAAGAAUAGCUGAACAAUUCACUUAACCAAAAUUGGUAAAGUCUAAAAGAUAUCGUUCUUUAAUAGUUUAAUCCAAAUUUUCGCGCUCCAGCUGCGUUUCACCGGAGAUGAGGAGCGUGUGGCUGUGGAUUGCGGUGGCUGUGUGCUCACUAUGUUCAGCCGCCUCGAUGGUACGGAGGGGAUCUAGCGAUGGAUUUGAGAAACCAAGAGAGAAUAAGAUACUGGAUAACGAGUUGAUGGCGUCUAAGGUUUCAAUGGUGCCUCUCACCUUGAUUCAUGGUGCUGACUCCAAAGGAGCUGUGUGUCUAGAUGGGACGUUACCUGGUUAUCAUCUAGAUCGUGGUUUUGGUUCAGGUGCGAACAGUUGGCUUAUCCAUCUUGAGGGUGGAGGAUGGUGUAACAAUCAAAGUAGCUGUGUGUUUCGAAAAACAACUCGGCGUGGCUCCUCUAAGUUCAUGGAGAAAGCUUUGAAUUUUACUGGGAUAUUGAGCAAUACGCCUCAAGAGAAUCCUGACUUCUUUAAGUGGAACAGAAUCAAGUUGCGGUACUGUGAUGGUGCUUCUUUCUCUGGGGAUAGUCAGGACGAGGGUUCACAAACUUUCUAUCGAGGAAAACGAAUCUGGCAAGCGGCUAUGGAAGAGUUCAUGUCUGUAGGCAUGCAGAAAGCAGAACAGGCUCUGCUUUCUGGUUGUUCAGCCGGAGGUUUAGCUUCAAUCUUGCACUGUGAUGACUUCAGAGAACGAUUACCUCUUUCUACGAAAGUAAAGUGCUUAAGUGAUGCUGGAAUGUUCCUGGACGCAGUGGAUGUCUCUGGGGGACGCUCUCUUAGGAACAUGUACCAAGGUGUUGUUACAGUCCAGAACCUCCAAAAGGACUUGUCCAGUGCAUGUACAAACCAUUUGGAUCCUACUUCGUGCUUCUUUCCUCAGAACUUGGUUUCAGACAUCAAAACUCCUAUGUUUCUUCUCAACUCAGCAUAUGACUCCUGGCAGGUCAGACAUAGCUUAGCUCCUUCACCUGCUGAUCCAAGAGGCGUCUGGGAGCAUUGCAAAUCAGAUAUCUCGCGUUGUAAUUCAUCACAGCUCCAAUUCUUACAAGAAUUCAGGAAACAAAUGGUGCUUGCCUUAAACUCAUUCUCAGCAUCUCCUCAGAACGGUCUUUUCAUAAACUCUUGCUUCACGCAUUGUCAGUCUGAGAUACAGGACACUUGGUUUACUCAAGACUCUCCCAAGCUAAACGGAAAAAGAGUGGCAGAGUCUGUAGGUGACUGGUACUUCGACAGAACCAACAAUGUUAAAGCCAUUGACUGUCCUUACCCAUGCGACAAAACAUGUCACCACCUGAUUUUCCAAUGAGUAAAUCUUUGUGUUACCUAAUAACAUAUUAAAAUAAGCUUUAUGCAGUGUUGAUCAAACAGCUUACUUCAAAGAUUUGAUCUCCUCUCCUUAGUGCUUCUUUGGUCC